AUGGCAGGAAGAAGAGGAGAUACUGAGUGCUGUAUGUGUGGAGAUUUUGGUUUUUCUUCAGAGCUCUUCCGUUGCAAAGGAUGUCAGUUCAGAUCACAACACAGAUAUUGUAGCAAUAUAUAUCCAGAUGCUGAUUUUUAUGGCAUCUGCAAUUGGUGCCUGAGUCAAAAGGAUGAAACAGCAGCAGGGAAAGAACAAAAGACUUGGAAAUCUUCAGGAUCGAUCAAAAUCAAAGGCAAAGAUUAUGUGAACAACAAGAAAAAGAAGAGUCCGGAGGACAAAAAUGGAGAAAAAACCAGAAUCAUUAUCAAGAAACAGAAGUCCUUGGAUUUAUCGCCUUUAUCAGGAGCAAGAAAGAGGAUUACGACAGACAAUGGUAAAAUUUCGCGGAGGUUGAGAAGGACAAGAUCAGAGGAGAUAACAAAUGGUGGGAUCGAAAAACAUGUUACUAGAAAUAAGGUGGUCAGAAGGUAUAAGCAUUUAGAUGAAGUCACUAGCCAGUCGAUCAGACGGGAAAAAUUGUAA